GCACCCUCUGGCCAUGUCUCACCAACUCCAGGAGCUCCUGCCGUGGUAUGGCGCUGCCCUGGGCCCUCACAGCUCUGAGCCUCCUUCCUCUGCUGACCGCCCAGGACCCCAAGUGUCCCUACCAGAAGGCCGUGCCGAUCACCAAUGCUACUCUGGAGCGGCUCUCCGACAAGUGGUUUUUCAUCGCUGCAGUCUUACGCAACCCUGAGUACCUACGGAUGACUAGAGUGGUCGAGGCAGCCUUCUUUUACAUUGCCCCCAACAACACGGACGACACCCUACUGUUCAGAGAGUACCAGACCAUUGGGAACCAGUGCAUCUACAAUGUCAGCUCUGGGGACAUCCAGAGGCAGAAUGGAACCUUAUCCAGAAUUGUGCAAGACACAGAACACUUUGCCCACCUGUGGCUCACCAAGGACCCUGAGACCUUCAUAUUGGUAUUCUUCCCGGAAGAUGAGAAGAACCUGGGGAUAAGCCUCAAUGCCAGGAAGCAGGAGGUGACCAAGCAACAACUGAGCGAGUUCCAGGAAGCCCUCAAGUGCCUGGGCCUGCAGGACGAUGAAAUCCUCUACACGGAUGGGAAAAAGGAUCUGUGCGGGCCUCUGGAGAAACAGCACGAGGAGGAGAGGAAGACGGGAAACGUGGAGUCCUAGGACACAAGCAUGAACUGAGACAGAGCUGGGGUCGGGCGCCCUUGGGGAUCUGGGCUCAUCCUCAUUCCACCACCACCCCUUUGUCUCUCAGAUCUUUCCCCAUUUGCAUUAAUAAAGCUUCUGCAUUUGGGACA